CUCGGGCGUCCGAACACUUGCCAAUGAGGAGCAGCGGGUUGGCCUCGGUUCCUCCGGACCCUUGCGCGUCCCAACAGCCAUGGCAGCCCCAUGGGGUAGAGGUUGCGGAUGUCCAGGGUAGAUAAGGUGACACAGGACUGAUGGAGGCUUAGAUCUGACAGUACAAAAGAGCUCAAAGCCCUAAAAUCCGCUGGCAGGCUCCUAGCUUGACUUACCGGUGUUGUCCUUGCGCUUGGCUUCCCCGCAUCGUUCACCUCUUGCCUUUCGUGUCGAACAACCACAAAGAGUGGCAAUAUGGCAGUCUUUGAUCUGAAGAAGAAUCUCGUCUUCUACGGCGCGUACCAUCGUGAGCCUACAAAUGUCGCGAUCCACAUAGGCUGUGUACCAAUCCUGCUAGCCACUGGGUUCCUCUUCGGCACUAACACUCCAUCGAUUCGCACCCCAGCCCUCCUCAACCGCCUGAACCUCCCUCUUAACGCUGGCACCCUCGCUUCACUCACCUACUCCACCCUCUACCUCAUCCUCUCGCCCAACACCGCUGGCGCAUCAGUAACACCCUUCAUUGUUGGCGCCGCUGCAUUCGCCAACAAGCUCACAGCCAAAUACAACCGCACGAAAGUCAACAGUAUCGCAGUCGCGGUCCACGUUGUGAGCUGGAUCUUGCAAUUCAUCGGACACGGGAAGUACGAGGGCCGGAAGCCGGCGCUGCUGGACAACCUGGUGCAAGCUUUGUUCCUAGCGCCGCUGUUCGUGUGGUAUGAGAUCCUGUUCAAGCUAGGUUUCUAUAAGCAGUUGCAGAGAGACGUGGAGGCUGCGAUCGAGGUGGAGGUAGCGAAGCUUGGGAGGGGCAAGGCAGAGGAGUGAUUGUGUGGCAGGAUCUGUUCAUGGAGCGGCUGAGCUGGAAUGAACAUGGUCAUGAUCUAAGUCCAAGUCACUUGAAAAUCAUGCAUGGGGCGUGUUUGGUUCAUUGAAGAACAACUGGAGACGAGAGGUAACUUUCGAAAAUCAAACCGAGGUCUGAAACGUCGUGAAGCUAGUGGC